CCGUGCCACACGUAGUCUUCGUGCAUCCGUCCCUGCAGAAACAGACUACCCACCUGCAGUCUGCAGCGUCUUCUUUCUGAAUUGACAGCGAGCACUGCAUGCAACUCUAGCCCAUAAUCAUCCAUCUUACUGUGCCCCGGCGGGCCUUAUAUAUUGCCUGAGAUGCGUCCAAUAGCCCUACGACCUUCCUUCUGCACUGCACUGCAUUGCAUUGCAUUGGUGUGAUCCAUCGAGAAAUGUUUUGGCUUGCAUAUGCUCUCGUUUUUCUCGGAUGCCUUGGCCUGCCUCCGGCUGAUGCUGCCGUUGUCGAGCACACAUUCUCUGUGGGCAACCUGACGAUCGAUCGGGUGGGGCAGCGUCAGGUAAUCACGGCGGUGAACGGGCAGUUCCCUGGGCCCAUGCUGGAGGCUCGCGACGGCGACGCCGUCGUGGUGCACGUCGUCAACUACUCCCCCUACAACAUCACCAUCCACUGGCAUGGCGUCCUCCAGCGCCUCUCCGGCUGGGCCGACGGCCCCAGCAUGGUGUCGCAGUGCCCCAUCCGCCCCGGCGGCGCCACCUACACCUACCGCUUCAACGUCACCGGCCAGGAAGGCACGCUCUGGUGGCACGCCCACGUCUCCUUCCUCCGCGCCACAGUCUACGGCGCGCUCCUCAUCCGUCCUGGCCCCGACGAACCGCACUACCCCUUUCCCACGCCGUACGGCGAGGCCACUCUCCUCCUCGGCGAGUGGUGGAACGCCAGCGUCGUUGACGUCGAGAGGCAAGCCAUGCUCACCGGCGGCCCGCCCAACAACUCCGUCGCGCUCACCAUCAACGGCAUGCCCAGCGGCUACGAGCUGGCCGUACGGCACGGCGAGAUCUACUUGCUCCGCCUCGUCAACGCUGCGCUCAGUUACCAGCUCUUCUUCAAGGUCGCGGGCCACGCUUUCACGGUCGUCGCCGCCGACGCCUGCUACACCGACCCUUACGACACGGACGUCAUCGUCCUCGCUCCGGGCCAGACGGUGGACGCUCUGAUGCACGCCAACGCCUCCCCGGGCCGCUACUACAUGGCCGCCCAGGUCUACCAGAGCGUGGCCAACGCCACCUACACCACCACCACCACGGGGCUCCUCCGGUACGAGCAUGAUGCGGCGGCAGCAGCUGGUAUGAGUAUGAUCAUGAUGCCGAGCAUGCCGGCGUUCAAAGACAGCGCGACGGCCCAAGAUUUCUACGGCAGACUGACCGGCCUGCUGCGAGACGGCAAACCGACGGUUCCCCUGCACGUGGACACGCGGAUGCUGGUGACCUACGGGCUGGGCAUCGCGCCGUGCAUGCCAACGCAGACGCUGUGCAACCGGACGCGCGGCUCCGUGGCGGCCAGCAUGAACAACGUGUCGUUCCAGCUCCCCAAGGCCAUGUCGCUGCUGGAGGCGCGCAUGAGGGGGAACGCCGACGGGGUGUACACCCGCGACUUCCCCGACAGGCCGCCGGUGAUGUUCGACUUCACCAACGGCUCCAUGAGCAGCAACAGGAGCGUGAUGCUGACGUCCAAGGGCACCAGAGUGAGGAGGCUGCGGUUCAACACCACGGUGGAGGUGGUGCUGCAGAACACGGCCAUCCUGGGGUCCGAGAACCACCCGCUGCACCUGCACGGCUUCAACUUCUACGUGCUCGCGCAGGGCGCCGGCAACUUCAACGCACGCACCGCCGUGCGCUCCUACAACCUCGUCAACCCACAGCAGCGCAACACCGUCGCCGUGCCGGCCGGUGGGUGGGCGGUCAUCCGCUUCACGGCCGACAACCCAGGUGUGUGGGUCAUGCACUGCCACUUGGACGCUCAUUUGCCUUUCGGGCUAGCCAUGGCGUUCGAGGUGGAUGACGGCCCAACCCCGGACACCGUUCUUCCUCCGCCGCCGCCGGACUACCCCCAGUGUUAGAAGAUUGACCAUUCAUGUCUAGCCAACAACAGAUUCUCCUUCACACUGCUGUUUAUUAUCCUUAUGGGGCUGUUUGAAAUGGGUGUAAACUUAGUGUAGUCACCAGUAUUUGGUUCAAAGUCAAGCUAAAUACAGGUGGCCACGCUAAUUUUACAACCAUUCCAAGCGGGGCACAUAAUUUACUAAUAGUACUGAUUUCUAAGGUACUAGCACAUUUAUAUUUUAAGGCCAAUAAAUGGAGAGAAAAAUUUAUGCAUAUGAUUUACAAAUACCUAAUCCUGAUACUAUUUGUUUAACAUAGUAGUAGUACUCAGAGUUUGACUUUACAAAUGUCGAAACAAUAUAGGCCCCUACCUUUACAUAUCAGGUUUUGUUGAGUAUGGCGAGUCUAGUCUUAUUCUUAAGACUGGCAAUCCAAAGCUAAGACAGUGCCAACUAAUGUCUUUCGCGUGCGCGCGCACACACACAAAAACUAAUGAAAUGUAUAAUAAUCAAGCAACCCAGAGCAAGACGGUAAUAGAGGAUUAGAGACUCAGUUUCACCAGAUGAGAAUGGAAUGGGCAUCCCAUUUCUCCCAUAAGCUGCAGAUUGGAAAGCAAACGUGGACUCUAACCAUGAGGUGGCCUUCCAAGUAGAAGAAGGGCAACCGGCCAAGGGUAGGAGCAGAGCACAGAGGUAAGGAGCAGCAAGCCCACAGAUUCAGGUUGAGAUCGGCAGAGGGGACAAAUGCAAUUUGAAGUGUCUCAAUGUCUGCUUAACUACUCCCUCCGGUCCUUUUUAGUUUGCAUAUAAGAUUUGUUUGAAGUUAAAUCUCGUAAAGUUUGACCAACUUUAUAGAAAAAAAUACGAACAUUCACAAUGUGAAAUCAUGAUCAUUAGAUGCGUUGUGACUUAAAUUUUUGUAUUGUAUAACUUUAGUAUUGUAGAUGUUGAUAUUUUUUAAUAUAAAUAUGGUCAGACUUUACAAAGUUUGA